UCCUCGUUCUCAACCUUGGAAAAAUUUAAUAAAAUUUACCUUUUCGUCCCAAUUUUUACCCUCUCUCCCUCUAUAUAGCUUAUCGUACUCUGAUACUCAUCCACUUCCCUUCCUCUCUACUUUCAAUAAUUACCCUUCUUUAUCUUUUUUUUUUUUUAUUUUUUUGAAAUCACCCCAGCAAGACUGACCCGAGAUAGGUAGAAAUACUCGUACCUACUAUCAAUACGAUGAUAAGCCGAUGAUUUUUUGAAAACCAAAUUUUCAGAUUUUCUCACACCGUGUAAGUUUGUAUGAUUUUCCUUAUCUACCCUUUCUCCUUGGCUUAAAGAUCUGACCCCUCAUCAUUCAAUCUCGUAUAGGUCUAAUCAGUUUUAACGAAAAAAUAAUAUUUUAAUUAAGUUGCUUAAUUCGAAUUCAGUUUCAUACCUAUAAUCGAAUAAAAAUACCUAAGUAUAUACUCAAUCGAAUCGAACGAACAUCACAUGAUGAUAAGAUUUCAGUUACUUAUGAUGAAUGAUGAAUGAUGAUGUGUUCGACUUUAAGUGGGUUGUUUUUUGCGGAUUUUCCCUUGCUUCGAGCUUAUAUAGGAUUAUUACGAAUCGAUACCCUGAAACCUCCCCACCCAGGAUGACGUUUCCAAUCAUUUUCACCUUUCUACUCCUCUACCAAAUCCUGCCAUCAUCGUCAUCAUCGCACCAACCAGUCAACGAAUUCGACAAAAUACGAAACACGUUGUACUUCAUCGACAAGAGCCAGCUUCUCGACGCUUUCUUCUGCUCCGAAAACCACCACUUCGUCACUUGCCCUCCGAAAUUCGGCAAAACCAGCAUCUUAGACAUGAUUGAUUUAUUCGCCCAAGUCGAGGUAGACAGCGACUACAAAGCUGUCGAUUUCGCCGAAGAAACACACGCUCACAAGGUAUUCAAAAACUUACUCAUCAGCGAUUACCCAGGAACUGUGGGCACACAUAUGGCUCGACACCCAGUCAUCCACCUCAAAUUAUCCGAUUUCCCUUACGACGAACUCAGCCCUGCAACGAUGCUGGCAUUUUUAAACGACCGAUUGAGGAACACUGUCGAAAGAUACGAGUGGAUUUUCAACCUACCAGAGGAGAAAUUGAACUACAGAUACGACAAGUACGCCGCUGAUUUAGGACUCGAUGCAAUCCAGUUCAUGAAAAAGGUACUUAAACGUAAACUGGAGGUGAACGAUAUUUACACAUCGUUGGAAAAAUUGAGCCAAAUUCUGUACAGGAUUUUUUACCAAGACGUGAUCAUCUUGGUGGACGAUUACGAUCACGCGUUCACCAAAACACUGCUAAAUUCUGUAUCCGAAUUCAACAACACCGUAGCCAAAAUGAUGUCGGCUUAUAAUAUGCUAAAUGUGAUGCUGGCUCACGGCGUGAAGCAUUUAAGAUUCACUAAGGCUUUGUUAUGUGGAGUGAAUAACGCUCCUUUCGAGAUGAUUAAUCCUCUGGUGUCGAGUUACGUGAGAAGUUGUCGUUUUCUAGACGAUCAUUAUUUCACACCUUAUUUCGGAUUCACCGAAAGGGACAUGACUACUAUUUAUUAUCGAUCUAAUUGCACCUCCGAAGAAAGGCAAAAUGUCGAAACGUAUUUCGCCUCGUAUAAAACCCAAUUGAAAUCCAACUCGAUUUACAAUCCGAAUUCUAUACUGGAGUAUUUCACUCGUAGACCCAGCAGUUCCAUAAAACUGGAUAAUAUUUUAAAAGGGCAUCUGAUUCCGAACGAGAUAUCCCCCUUGAUUCAGAGAUACUUAAACGUUUCCUUAUUCAGACACGAGAUGAUCCAGUUAAUGAACAAUAUCGCCACUAAAUACCACGUCGAUGGAUUCAGCAAGAUGCACUUGGACAGAUACGUUCGUCUAAUGAAUCUGAACCGAUUCAAAGACGACUCCAACAUCAACACCAACGUACUGCUGACUUUUCUCUACGAUCAAGGAUACUUAUCGUACGAUUCGAGCGAUCAAUACGUAUUACCCAAUCUGGAAGUGAGACAUUUACUCGAGUCAACCCUGACCUACCAUUACCUCGACGAGAAACACCUUCCAUUGAAAAAAAUCGGCGAAUAUUUGUACAAAAUGCUGGCCAAUGUGCACAACCCCCCGACCCCUUCAUCGUACUCAGAUCGACUCGAGACAACACUGCAAUCAAUUUACCAGAAUUUAUUCGCCGACGAAUACGAUCCUCCAACGAUGCUGGAAAAAUAUUACCUAAUUUACACCGGGCUUCGAUUAUAUAACACAACCGAGCAUCCUUUGAAUCGACUCUCGAUGCCUAUUGUCGUUUCAAAGGAUUACAUGACGUAUAUACCGAGCCAUAUUGAAUACGAAAUACCCUGCUCACCGACGACGUAUAAUACGAGUACCAGCAGCAGCAAUAGCAGCAUCGUCGUAGUCAAAGGUGUUAUUCAAAUUACGUGCCAAAGGGGAGAACAAAUUGAGCCCGAAAUCAAAGCCAUAUUUACCCCACACCACGAUGACGAUGAUGAUGACCCUGCUUGCGCUCUUAGAGUAUUUAAAAUAUUUAUCAACCGAACAAGAAACGUUACCCUGGAGAUGAGCUGCUGACAUAAUAAUCGAGUUUUACACCAAGCCAAGCCCCAGCACCGAAAAUGUGUGCUAAAAAGCAAGGGUCUUUUUCUUCGUAGUCUUCGUCGCGAUACUUAAUGAACGAAUGAAUAAUAUCACGUGUUUUCUUAAUCGUUUGGACUAAGAUGGCGAGGGGAGUGGAGCGGAUUGGUGUUUCGGGAUCGUGUAGGUGGAUAGAAGUUCAGAAAGCUUCGCUGCGUGUACCUGUAUGUGCUUGUUCCUGUUCUGAGAGAUGAAUUCAAGUAUAACGAUACGGAUGUGUUGCCUAUUUAAAAUAUUCAAGGCGUUGGAAUGUUUUUAUGCCACGUAAUCUCGUGAAAUUACUCGUAUUUAGGAUGAAGCAGUCAGUCUUUCGGAAACGAAACGGAAUCGAUGCAAUUUAGGAUGGAUUUUAUUUUUUUUAUUGUACUGAAGUUUUUCCGAGUCUUUUCCUCCCUCCCCCCCCCAAAUAGAAAAAUGGAAAACAUGAAAUUCGUCCAAAAAUUCCUAUUUUUACGUCAGCAUUUUUCUCAAUAUUGCUCUUUUCAAGAAAAAUCUCAGUUUUUUUCGAUUUUAGGGAACUCUAUACAAGUAGGAAAUAUUGUUCGAAGCAGGGAUUUUCUUGAAAGGGGGAGGAGGUAUUUAGAAACAAUCAGAGCAGAUAUGAAAAAUUGUAAACUUUUCGACAGAAAAAUUCAGUUUCAUCAAUUAUGGAAGCCGGAAGGCAUUACACAAAGAAAUAAUUUUGUUGGGGGGGGGGGGUGUGGAUGGCUCCGAGAUAGGUCCCUAAAAAAAAUCAUAAAUGAAAACUUUCCAAAAUUUUAUGUAGCUUUUUCAAAUUUUUCAACAAUGAAUGAAAAAAAUAUUUUGAAAGAAUUCUUUGUAAAGAUUUCAAUUUUUUAAUUUAUCUAUUUUUGGCAAUUUUAGUGAGAACUUUGUUGUACAAAAGAAGCACAACUAUUGAAAGAGGGAGAGGGGAUCCGAGGGAGCUACAUUUCAAAAAGGGGUUAUUCAGAAGAAUUCUGACCAGAAACAUUUUUACUCAGAUUUCACUCUUUUUGAUUUUUUUUACUUGAAAGGCUUAACCAAGGGAACUGAUGUAUUUUUUGAGGGGUGGGGGUUGGUCACCGAAGGAAGGUUUUUUCUCAACAAUGAGGCGAAAUUUAAUUUUCAAUUCAAUUUUAUUCAUUUCUAACAAUUUUCUUGGGGAGGGGAGAGGCGAAAGCAUCAUACAAGGAGAUCAAUAUUGUUGGAGAAGGAAUGGCGGGGGAGGCAAGGGAGGGUUUUAUUUUUUUUAAAAAAGGUAUCACUUGAACUGCUCUGGACAAAAGUUUAAAAAAUUUAUUUUUUUUAUAGGUAAAUUUCAAUUUUUGAGUUUUUUUUUUCAAAUUAGGGAGCUUCAUAUAAAGAAAUUUGACCAGCAAUUAACAAUUUUUUAUUAAAAAUUGCAGACUUCAAUUUUAUAUUUUAUUUUUCAUAAUUUUCUCGUUAUGGGAGGAGAGAAGGGAGGGGGGGGGGGUUAAAAGGAGAAUUAUUUUUAAAAAUUCUGACCAGAAAUGAAAAACUUUAAAAAAAUAAUAGUACUCAAAUUUCACUUCUUGAUUUUUCCUACUUGAAAGGCUCAAUAUAAAGGAAGUGAUGUAAUUUUUUUAGAAGAGGGGGGGUCCUAAAGGAAGUUUUUUCUCAACAAUAAUCCUAUUUUAUUCAUUUCUCACAAUUUUCUGGGGGAGGGGAGAGGCGAGAGCUUCAUACAAGGCGAUCAAUAUUGUUGAAUAAGGAAAUGGGGGGGGGGUGGAGGCAAGGGAGGUUUUUAUUUUACAAAAGAGGUAUCACUUGAACUGCUGUGGACAAACAUUUUUAAAUUUGAUUUUUUUAGAAAUUUCAAUUUUCGAGUUUUUUUUUUUUAAUUUAGGGAGCCUCAUAUAAAGAAAUUUUACCAGCAAUUAACAAUUUUUUUAAAAUUGCAGACUUCAAUUUUAAAUUUUAUUAAAUUUUCAUAAUUUUCUCGUUGUGGGAGGAGAGAAGGGAGGAAGGGGGGGGGUUAAAAUGAGAAUUAUUUAUAAAAAUCCUGACCAGAAAUGAAAACUUUUCAAUUUUUUUUUUACAGAUUCAAAAUUUUGAUUUUUCUUGACCUUAGGGGGGGAGGGGAGCCUUUACACAGGGAAGGCAUCGUUUUUGGGGAGCGAGGGAGGUAUUUUCCUGAAUAAAAGAGAUUAUUUAAAAGAUUUUCACUAAAAAUUAAAAUUUUCAACAAAAAAAUUGUAGACAUUCAAUUUCUCAUAUUAUUUUAUAAGGGGGGGGGGGGUCAUACAGGAGGUUCAUACAAGAGGUUCAUGUAGUAAAAUUUUGACUAGAAACGAAAAAUUUUCAAUUUUUUUCACAGAUUAAAUUUUUUUACAUUUUUUAAUAGGAAUCUAUUUUUUUUUCAAGCUCAGAGGGGGCUUUAUGUAAGGGAAUCGAAAUUUUUGGAGAGCAAGGGAGGUUUUUUAUUGAAGGGAGAAGGACGUUAAAAAUUGUUCAAUUCCAUAUCUUACAUUUACUUUUCAGAAUUUUUUAAUUGGGGAGGGGAAGGGGGAAGGGGGCUUCGCAAAGGGUUGAAGGGUUAUUUUGGAAGAUUUUUACAUAAUAUGACAAUUUUUCGACAUUUUUUCACAAACAAUUUUCAUUCAUUUUUCUUUUUCAACUUAUAAAAAGAGGUUUCAUAUACAAAGGAAUUAUCAUUUUUUGAGGGGGGGGGGGGGUUCCUAGGAGUUUUUUGCACAGAAUAUGGGAAAUUUAGAAGAAUUUUGGCUAAAAAUUAAAAUAAUUUUCAAAAAAAAUACUUACCAACUUUAAUUUAAUUUUUUAUUUUACUCAUUUUUUGGGGGGGGGGGAAUGAAUGUAUGCCAGAGGACUGAUAUUAGUUAAGGGGUGAGGGGGGGGGGUCGAAAGAGAUUUUUUUUCUUGAAAGUCAGAAAAAUUCUGACGUAGAAAUGGGAGAUUUUCGGAUACAUUGUUUUUUUUUUAAUUUUUAAAAAUGAAAGUGGAGGCUCCCAGCACAACUUUUCUUUGUAUUUGAGGUAAAAUCAUAAAGAAAUGGGGAGGGAAUGGACCUGAAAAGGUUACUGCAGUAACAUUGCCAAUUUGUAACAAAGAAACUAUUUGUAUUUCGAAUGUUUUUGUAAAAAAUACAUUAAAAUUGAUACAAAACGAAUAAUUUAUUUCUAUCAUUAUUCGACGACCUGACGACUUACCCCCCCCCCCCCUCUCCCUCAAAUUUCAUCCAUCGGAUUGAAAGUUGCUAUUACGAAUGUAACUAACUAAGCUUCGCAGAAAUAAAUUUCCUAAAAAUCACAAACUGUUGAAAAACCAUUUAUGAUACACGAGCUAAUCUUCAUUUUUUGGUGUGGGGGGAGGGGGAUAAGGGGUUCAAAAAAUCACUUCAAAUUUCUGAAGAACUCAACAGGACCUGACGUAGCUUGAGCCACUCUUACUCUUUUCAAAUCCUUUACUCGUAUUUCAACAGCUCACCGCAAAUUUUCAUCAUACUUCUCUUCAGCAGCUGUCUCGUCUUUUUUAAUUUCUUCAAUUGAAAUUCAAAUUAAAAUCCACCAAAUUAAUCACCAAAAAAAAAAAAAAAGUAAUUACCUACUAUCCGUAGAUGAUAAUUUCUCAUACUUUGAAAAAAAAAACUCACUCGUGAUUAAUUUCCCUAUUAACUCUAGGUACCUACUACCUAGUUCAUUAUCAACAUCAAACUUGUUAGAUAAAUCCUAUUCAUCUUCUAGUAAAUCCUCAUAUGUAACUUGAGAAUUAACGUUUCGAUCGAAUCCAAAAACGAUCUCCCAACAUCAUCAUUAUUUUUCCACACCAACGCUCUCAAAAAAAAAAAAAAAAAAAAAACCACACAAGAAAAAUCUUUCCCGGCUGGAAAUUAGAAAGGUAGGUAUUAUUCGUCAUCCCUCUAAAAAUAAACGUCCUUGACAAGUGGCUCGUUAACGAGUUAAUUUGCAUAAUUUAAAUUCGCAAAAUUAUAAAAAAAAACACCGCUCCCGGUCGUCGUCAUCAUCGGUCACAUCGUUCAAAAGAUGAAAAAAUUUCGCGUAAAAAUUGCAUCAUUUUUUCCUCGUCGUCGUCGUCGUGGUCGAAUAAAACCGACAAAACAAAA